AUGUCCGACUCCAUCGAGCUCUCCGGUCCUUAUGGCUCCGGUCUUUAUGGAAUGGGUGAAAGGCCUCACACGCGACCCUCCGUUAGGUCACUUGCUUCACUUCAUCGCAAGUCGGCUUCGGCCCAGUACAAUCCUAUCUUAACUCCACAGGAAGAGCUGAGCGACGGCUUCUUCCAGCGCCGCGUGGAUAACUCGCCGCCGCCGUCAACGACGACUCUUCCUCCGGGCAGAGUAGGGAAGUUUGGGACAGACCUGCUGGUCGAAAUUCUUGUCUGCUCCUUCGCCGUUCUGGUAUCGGUGCCGUUUAUGUGGUUGGCUGUCACCGCGGCAAAGUUUGACGGCCACAGAGUGACGGAGGCAGAUACAGAUUACAUCAAACAAGCAACAAGCACGGCAUCGACGCUCUUCACCAUCCUCUUCGCAGCCGUCCUAGGCUCGACACUCAAACGGUUCGCAACAUGGCGACUUGAGAAUGGCAUCAGACUCGGUCUGCUGGAGCAGAUCAUGCAGAGCCGGACCUUCUUCGCCGCUGUCACAACCCAACUGUCUUUUCCCGCCUUCAACCUCACCGCCUUAAUCUUGUUGUCAAGCUGGGUAUUUUCACCAUUGGGAUCACAAGCUUCCCUGCGUCUGGUCAGUACCGGUCGUGAUUACGCCGCAGAUUCUGGCAUAGUCAGCUAUGUCGACACCAUCGCCAAUCAGGUCUUCGACUCUGUUUCGGGAGUAGACUCCCUACUGACUUCACUCAAACCGAGCUACGUAAGCUCGGUACUUGGUCCGACCACCAUGAAGAAUGGGACUAUGGAUCUCUGGGGAAAUGUCAAGAUCCCAUGGCUGCUCGACAAUCUCAACAAGGACGCCGACGGUUGGAGCAUUCUAUCCAAGGCGAAUAUGACGGAAGGCUCAUUCUCAGCCCUUGCCGGCGUGCCCAUGGGAUCCUUGGCAAAUCGGAACUCGAGCUUUGUUAUCGAAACGACUUAUAUGAAUCUGGACUGCGACAAGCCGCAAGAUCAAGACGAGAUCAGUAUCAAUUUCAACGUGACGUCCGGAAACGGCACCUUUCUCGGGCCCAACACCACCGUCAGCAACGACGCCAUCUAUCCAUUCUGGCAGGUUGCCAUGAAUCAAUUCGUCUCGGAUGAUUAUUACUUCUAUGGCUACCCAGAACAGUUGGUCAAUGUUCCAGGUGCCGACAUACCUCAGGCUAUUUUCCUAUUUCAGACUCGCGGCCCGUGGGUGGCAAAGUGCCAAAUCAAUCAAAUCUACCUCGAAUCGAACGUGUCAUGUCAGUCGGUGCCUGAUUCAGAGCUUCCUGUUUGCUCCGUCACGGAGCAGCGGAAUUCACCAAACAAGCAUGCACCGUCCACGGUAACUACACUCAGCUUCCCCAGCACUUUCUCCUAUCUUGCCCAGACCUGGAUUCUUGCAACCGACCCGCUGCCCAGCUCUGGCUACUCAUCUCUGAGCGAGUACUACCUACAAAACACAACUGCGGCUUUCAUUCUAAGCGGCAAUGGUCGCGACUAUGCUGAUUAUUCGAAUGUCACCGCUCGACAAUUUUCCCAGCGACUCGGCCAACUCCUGAACACCUGGGUACUUUUGAGCCAGGUCUCUGCAGAUACCAUGCAGUUUCCCUUGAAUCACAGGAAUACCACCGCUUUUUACACGGAAGGGUACGAUGUUUACGUCGUGUCAUGGGUCUGGUUGGGCGUCUACUGCGCAUCGAUCGGGGUCAUGCUGAUUGCAGCCUUCUGCAGCAUUUGGUGUGCGUACAAUACGGCCAUCCCGGACGUGCUAUCAUUCUGCUCGUCUCUGACGAGAGAUUCGACGUACUUUGAUUUUGCAAAAGGUGGCAGUGCACUGGAUGGGAUAGUCAGGGCCAGGAUGCUGCGAAAUGUUGAAGUGAAACUCGGUGAGGUAGUCGAUCGGCGCGCCGAUGACGGAUUCGGCAAUGACUUUGUCAACGACAUCAAUAUCAGGCGCGGCUCGCCGAUGGCGCACCUAGCUGUGGCACCACCAGAGUAUUUGCGGAAGCCGAGACGUGGUCUAUUGUACGCCUGA